AUGGACAUGAAGGAGAAGAAAUUAACAGUGAUUGGAACCGUGGAUCCGAUAAAUCUAGUAAGUAAACUAAGAAAGUAUUGGCCGAUGACGGAUAUUGUACUAGUGGGACCUGCGAAGGAACCGGAAAAGGAGAAGAAGGAAGAGCCGAAGAAAGAAGGCGAAGCGCCGAAAAAAGAAGGAGAAGCUCCAAAAGAAGAAGGCAAGAAGGAAGGAGAAGCGCCGAAGAAGGAAGAAGAGAAGAAAGAAGGCGGCAAUAAGAAGGAAGGGGAAAAGAAAGAUCAACCGCAACCGCACCCGCAACCGCCACCACCGGAUCAUGUGUUGGAGCUUGUAAAGGCGUAUAAAGCAUAUAAUCCUCACCUAACAACGUAUUACUACGCUCAAAGCAUGGAAGAAAACCCUAAUGCUUGCGUUAUAUGUUGA